AUGUCCGACCAAGGCGGGGUUUUUGGCGCCUUUGGUGCGGUGCUUGGUUAUAUCGGAGCAGAGGCAGCCACCGACAUCUGGUUUGAGUCGUUAUUAUGGCCCCAGCGAUCAUUUUCCCAUUUUACACUUCGAUCCAUCCCAACCCUGGCUAUCCUGAUGCCUAUGGGUGGUCCUUUGCACAAAGCCGCCCUGAGCACCUUCGAUAUCGCCAACGCCCGAGGUCUCUUGAAGGGUGCCCACGAAGGCCACAUGCUGGGCACUUCGUUCUUUGAGCAAACGGACUGGACCUACACCAUUCCCGGUACUGCUAGUUCCGAGCCCCGCGCAGCCCGUAACUGCAUGUGGGCGCGAGCUCUUCAUUAUAUGCCUCUGCCCGCCUCUAUAUCACUAGCAGAGCUAUCCCCUACAGCCACGGGCGAUGCCAUCGAGAAAGGUAUCCCCCCACCCUCCGGCAAUGGCCACAUCCCCUUGCGGGCGAAAGUCGCCGUCUACCACCUCAUCUUCACUCCAGCAACGGCAGAAGAUAAAGCCUCGCAGAUGGCGUUUGUGCGCGAGAACUGCGGCCGACCAGGCUGGCACGUUUACCUCAGCAUCUUCAUCGCCGAGAUUUCCGGCAUCAUCAUCUUUGCCGUCAUCUACGCCAUCGGCCGAUCACUCUGGUGUCUCAUCUGGCUAGCCCCGCUGCUCCUCCGCCUCGUGAGCGCCUUCUUCGCCCUCGACCGUGAGCCCCUCACCCCUAUCUCCUCCUCCAUCUCAUCGACAUCAAUCACGUCGACCAGCGAAACCGAAUCACCUCGUGAUUUCGUCCUGCACUUCCCCCAAUCACAAGGCAGCGACCUCAUGCUGUUCACAGGUCUCUCAGCUCUCGUGCAGCAGUUCUUCCGGCACUAUGGCCACCCAGUCCGGAACCGAACCCGGGAGAUUCUGCAGAUGUGCAUUAUAGCGCUUUUCGCUGCUCUAUUUCCGCUAGGAUUGCUGGCCUCGACUCUCUGGAUGCCGCCGCUGGUUCAGUACGCGUGGACCUGCUACCAACUAUACAUUGUCAUGACGAUGCAUAUUGUCCGCUACACGUCGUUUGGACGGGACACGAGCACAGAAUCUAAGAUCGCGGAUUAUCUGGCUGAUCAGCCGGAGAUUCUUUUUGGGGAGAAGAGGCAUGGGGCUGAGACGGUGAAAGUUAGUCUUGUUGCGACGUAUCAUGCGCGGCAACAGGAAGGGAAAGACUGUUUGGAACGGCUGGUGAGACGGUAG